AUGAGCAGCGUUGACGAGAGCCUCUUCGAUGGUGUGAGCGCCAAGCAGCUCUUCCACAACAAGGACAGCAACGGUCUCACCUUCGAUGACGUCAUCUCUCUGCCUGGACACAUCAACUUCGGUGUGCAAGAUGUGGAUGUGGCGACGCGUCUGACCAAGAAGAUCAAGCUGUCGGCGCCUAUUGUGAGCUCCCCCAUGGACACGGUGACGGAGGCCAACAUGGCCAUUGCCAUUGCCCUUCAGGGCGGUCUGGGCUUCCUGCACUGCAAUAACUCAAUUGAGCAGCAGGCUGAGAUGGUGCGCGCGGUCAAGCACUACGAGAACGGCUUCAUCCCCGAGCCGAAGGUGCUGAGCCCGUCCAACUCUGUGGCUGACCUCGACGAGCUGAAGGUGUCCGGCGUGCCUAUCACGGAGGAUGGAAGCGUCAAGGGCAAGCUCGUUGGCCUGGUCACGAGCCGCGAUGUCGACUUCCUGGAGGACCGCUCGGUCCCUCUGUCGAGCAUUAUGGUGCCCCUCGAGCAGCUCGUAGUUGGCAAGUAUCCGAUCUCGCUUGAGGAGGCGAACAAGGUGCUGAAGGAGGCCAAGAAGGGCACGCUUCCCAUCGUGGACGCGUCGGGCAACCUCGUGUCGCUCAUGACUCGCCUUGACCUGCUCAAGCACCGCGACUACCCGAACGCUGUCCGUGACCCGGAGACCCAGAAGCUUCUGGUGGGCGCUUCCGUGUCGGUUAACGAGCAGGCGAAGCCGCGUAUCGACGCGCUUGCGGCUGCUGGGGCCGACGUUAUUGCGCUCGACGCCCGCCAGGGUGACAGCGAGAUUCAGAUUGAGCUGGUCAAGUACAUCAAGCAAACGCACCCGUCGGUCGAAGUUGUCGGUGGCAACGUUGUGACCAUGAAGCAGGUGCAGCACCUGCUGGACGCUGGUGUGGACGGCGUGCGUGUUGGUAUGGGUGUGGGCUCCGUGUCCACCUCGCAAGUUGUGAAGGCUGUGGGUCGUGCCCAGCUGUCGGCCAUCUACAACACUGCCCUUCUGGCGAAGGACUUUGGUGUCCCCGUCAUUGCCGACGGUGGCAUUGGCAGCCCUGGUGCUGCGAUCAAGGCCCUCUCCCUGGGCGCUUCGGUUGUGAUGAUGGGCUCGAGCCUUGCUGGCACUGCGGAGGCCCCCGGCGACUACUUCUUCCAGGACGGCAUGCGUCUCAAGCACUACUACGGCAGCGGCAGCCACGAGUACUACCGCCACGGCGACCCCGACCACGCUGCCGCCUCUGCGAGCCACGUUGCUGUCGGUGUGUCCGGUGCCGUCGUGGACCAGGGCAGCGUGCACAAGUACCUGCCGUACAUCCAGCAGAGCAUCCGCCACGGCUUCCAGGACCUGGGCGUGCGUUCCAUCCCGCAGCUGCACGUCUCGCUUUACUCGGGCGAGCUGCGCUUCGAGCGCCGCACCAUCAGCGCGCAGAAGGAGGGCGGCGUGCACGACCUGUUCACCUACUCCAAGCAGCUGUACGCCUAG